AUGGUAGAGGAAUAUAGAAUGGUGGUGGUGGUGGUGGGUGGUGGUAGUGGUAUGGGGAAAUGUGUACAGGCAGUAGUGGUAAAUGGAAUAGUGGUACAGAUAGAAGUUGUAAAGGAAUUGAGGUGUACAGGUGCUUUUGGCGGCAGUGGUACAGCGGACGGUGGUACAGGCGGCAGUUGUAUAGGGGACGGUGGUACAGGCGACAGUGGUACAGCGGACGGUGGUACAGGCGGCAGUGGUACAGCGGAAGGUGGUACAGGCGACAGUGGUACAGGGGACGGUGGUACAGGCGGUAGUUGUAUAGGGGACGGUGGUACAGGCGGCAGUGGUACAGCGGACGGUGGUACAGGCGACAGUUGUAUAGGGGACGGUGGUACAGGCGGCAGUGGUACAGCGGACGGUGGUACAGGCGGCAGUGGUACAGCGGACGGUGGUACAGGCGACAGUGGUACAGGGGACGGUGGUGCAGGCGACAGUGGUAUAGGGGACGGUGGUACAGGCGGUAGUGGUACAGGGGACGGUGGUACAGGCGGCAGUGGUAUAGGGGACGGUGGUACAGGUGAAAGUGGUAUAGGUGGUACAGGGGACCGUGGUACAGGCGGUAGUGGUAUAGGGAACGGUGGUAUAUGUUGCAGUUGUAUAGGGGACGGUGGUACAGGCGGCAGUUGUAUAGGGGACGGUGGUACAGGCGGUAGUGGAGACGGUGGUACAGGCGGCAGUUAUAUAGAGGACGAAGGUACAGGUGGUAGUGGUAUAGGGGACGGUGGUACAGGUGGUAGUGGUAUAGGGGGCGGUGAUACAAGCGGUGUUGGUAUAGGGGACAGUGGUAAAGGCGGCACUUAUAUAGGGGACGGAGGUACAGGUGGUAGUGGUAUAGGGGACAGUGGUACAGAUGGUAGUGGUAUAGGGGACGUAGGUACAGGUGGUAGUGGUAUAAGGGACGGUGGUGGUAGUGGUAUAGUGGACGGAGGUACAGACGAUAGUGGUAUAGGGGACGGUGGUACAGAUGGUAGUGGUAUAGGGGACGGUGGUACAGGUGGUAGUGGUAUUGGAAACGGUGGUACAGGCGGCAGUUGUAUAGGGGACGGUGGUACAAGUGGUAGUGGUAUAGGGGACGUAGGUACAGGCGGUAGUGGUAUAGGGGACGGUGGUACAGGCGGCAGUUGUAUAGAAGACUGUUGUACAGGCGGCAGUUGUAUUGGGGACGGUGGUACAAGUGGUAGUGGUAUAGGGGACGGUGGUACAGGCGUGCUUCUGGUACGGAUAGAAAGUGAUUUAGGUAGUACAGACAGUAGCGGUAUAGGAAAGAGAUAUGCAGGUGGUAGUGGUAUAGGGGACGGUGAAACAGACCGUACUGAUGUUAGGAAUAGUGGUAAAGAUGGUAGUGGCGGUAGUGCUACAGGGGACGGUGGUACAGGCGGCAGUGGUAUAGGGGACGGUGGUACAGGUGGUAGUGGUAUAGGUGACGGUGGUACAGGCGGUAGUUGUAUAGGGGACGGUGGUACAGGCGGCAGUGGUAUAGGGGACGGUUGUUCAGAUCGUGGUGAUAUAGGAAAUAGCAGGACACGUUGUAAAGGUAUAGGGAACGGUGAUACAGAUGGAAGCGGCAAAGAAAAUGAUAAUACAGUUGGUAGUGGUAAAGUGAACGGUGAUACAAGUGAUUGUGGUACAGAUAAAGGUAGUACAGGUGGGAGUAGUAUAGGUAAUGGUGGUACAGGUGGUAGUUAUGGUAGUGGUAUUGGGGACGGUGGUGCCGGCGAUCAUGGUAUAGAAAACGGUGGUACAGAUAAUCUUAGUAUAGAGAACUGUAGUACAGGCUGUCGCGGUAUAGGCAACGAUGGUACAGGAGGUCGUGGUAAUGGUAAUGAUUGUACAGAAAGUCAUGCUAUUGGGAACGAAGGUAAAGACGGUGGUGGUCUAGGGAACAGAUGGGUGUGGACGAGAGCACGGUAG